AUGCUUGAGGAAGAGAAUGAAGAAAGGACCCAUGUUUCCAAGUAUUUCUUGAUCUUUGCUCGGAUUCUUGUUUCUCGAUGGAAAAAUCUUUGGGCAACUGGUGGCUCGUACAGUUCGCGACCGGAUUUACCAGCGCGGUACAAUUACGAGAAAGAUUUCCCUCGCACCGACAUCAACAACAGCGAGAUCGGAUCCCGAAAUGACACGUCUCAACAA